AUGUCUUUGAUACCGUUGAGGGAUGAUCUGGUUCCAUUUUUGGGACCAUACCUUCCUUCAAAUGGAGAGCGGAAAUCAAGCACAAAACCAUAUGUUACUCUAACAUAUGCACAAUCGAUGGAUUCUCGAAUUUCGAAGGGUAAAGGUGUUCGAACAGUGAUUUCACACUUGGAAACUAAAACUAUGACCCAUUAUUUGCGGUACCAUCACGAUGGGAUUCUUAUUGGAGUUGGUACAGCGCUGGCCGAUGACCCUGGGUUGAACUGCAAAUGGAGCCCAACGGACGAGACCGCUGGCCUGCAUUGUUCUCCAUUGCCUAUUAUUUUGGAUCCGCAUUGCAAGUGGCGGUACGAGGGUUCCAAAUUGCAAGAACUAGCCCUUCAAAAACUCGGGAAAGCACCUGUUAUUGUCGUAAACAAAACACCAGUCUGGGCAUCUAAAGUGAAAGCUGUUAAUUACGUAGAGGCACCUCUGAAUGCAGAGGGAAGGUUUGACUGGCUACCAUUGCUGCGGCAGCUUCAAAAAGAGUUGCAACUCAAUUCAAUUAUGGUGGAAGGCGGGGCUGUGGUCAUAAAUGAACUGCUUUCUAGGCCGGACAUUGUGGAUACUUUGAUUGUCACCAUAGGAGCGAAGUACCUGGGGCAGCAAGGGGUGGAAGUAAGUCCACCAGCCGGAGAGAUUGAAAUGGAUGAAGUAGCUUGGUGGAAGGGCACCAACGACGCAGUUGUUGCUGCAAAACUACACAGAACAUAA